AUGGCUCAGUGCCCACAGGAGAAGGUAAGUGUGCCGCGCCCAUGGGCGAUCACCACCGUCGUCGCUUUGAUGAUCUACGUGAGCGGCUACCAGGUCGGCUUUGGGCCCAUCUCGUGGCUGAUGAUUUCCGAGAUCUUCCCCUUGGGAGUGAGGGGGUCGGCCCUGUCCACAGCAGCCAUGGUAAACUUCGGCUCGAACAUCCUGAUGACCCUGUGCCAGACAGCGCUGAUGAAUGCUCUCACACCCUCCGGCACGUUCUUCGGCUACUUGGCCCUGGCAAUUGUGAGCUUUGUCUUCGUGGCUGGCGUUGUGCCAGAGACGAAGGGCAAGACCUUGGAAGAGAUCGAAGCGGAGAUGACCCGAGGAAAGGCUCGAGGUGGCUUCCCACAGGCGCGCCAAAUCGAGGCUUCGGCAGCAUAG